ACACACAUCCAGCUGCCGAGGGAAAAUCCUGCAGACGGAAACCUGCGAUUGCAAGAGAGGAGAGAAGAAGAAAGGACUCGACGUAAGACUGAUCAGAAGCAGCUAUGCGGCCUCGGUCCAGACUUCUGUCCAAGAGACGCCUGGUGCUGCCCACCAUCAGAGAAGGCACCGAGGAGACGGUGAGGGACCGGAACGAGGCCAACACGCUUCACAUCACAUCUGUCUCCUCUGAGGACUACCUGCUGUCCAUCUGCCACCUGGCCCACCCCACCUUCCCCAGCAGGGACGUGUCCCCUCACCACAAGUCCCACACCAGGCAGCUGGAGGACGGUCCCCAGAGGCUGAGGCUGAGGCACAGCGGGAAGCCAUCCUCCAGAUAUGAGUCGAACCCCGCAGAGGAGGAGGAGGCACCAGCCAUCGAGGUCGAGCAGAGGGAGGAGAACGAGUUGAUGUUUGGUAACUCCGACCCUCUGGAGUUUCUUUACGGACACCAGAGCCACCUGGCAGGCGGUGUGAGGAGGGUGAGGGGGGGCCAGGCCCGCUCCAGGGCGCACAGCAUCCCGCGGGCCUCGAGCCCGGCCCCCCCACGCCAACGCAAGGGCAGCUGCCCCGAGUUACACACCAGCACUGACACAUCAGCUCCGGACAUCUCCACCAAACACAGCCCGUCCAGGUCGGAGGGCCAGAGGGGGGCCGCGGCCCAGAGAGGGACCCCGGCCCAGAGAGGGGUCGAGAGUCAGAGACCCCCAGUCAAACAGUCCCUGAUCUCCCAGUGGAUCUCCGACUGCAGGUACGCUUGGCGAGAGGCGCGCGUGCGGGUCUGCAUGCUCCCUGCCAUUGCUGAGAUGUAGUGACGUCACGAAGACAUUCCUCAGUAAAGUGUCCAUGUCCCUCUGUCUGUCUGUGCACAGGACAUUUGGAAUCGGGAGACAUGUAGACUUGUGUUAUGCAGAUAAAGGGAAAGAAGUAAAUACACAUUUUAAAACAUACAGGCAAGUGAUGUUUGUCGGGAUUGUCCGACUGUGAUGUCACAUCGAUGUCACCCUUUGCUUUCCCAGCCCUCUCACUCUCGAUGUAUGCUGCUGGUGAUCAUACAAA